AAAUGACAUGACGGUCUGUAUUUUCUCUCGCUGAAGUUGCCGACAUACUUUCAACACCCCCCACCCCCCACCUCCCUUGUACGUCAAAGAAGCGUUGAGAAGUAACGAUCGAGUGGUUUUACUUUUGGAAGGGCAAAAAAACUACAUUUGCAUAAUUAGGUAAAACCCCAACGUGUGAUUUGGCUGGAUACUUAGUUCAUUAGAACACAAAGCUAUGAAUUGAAACCGAAUGACCGCUGCCCUUCGCAGAGCAAAUUGGAGAAUACUUUAAUUCACCACGAAAAAGAAGCUGCGUUGAGAGUGAUCUUAACACAUGACCGAGUCUUCGUAUGGUAAGCCAGUCCCCUCUUGUCGGAAAAACUGUUUCUCCUCUUAUACAUCAACCGUAAAGAAACAAUCAAAGAUGUCUUUCCACUUGAAAGCGUCUGCACGCGGACUAACUCAGAGCUCGUCAACAGCGAACGGACGCGAUCAGCAAUAUAUUUCAGGAGAGACAUGUCCCUGCCCGGUGGCCAUCGAGCUCAGCACCGCCGUAUCCGUGUCCCUGGGCUUGGAUUCGGCUCCACAGCCCAACGACCUGAAUAAUUGCUCCAAGAACGCCUUCGCAGAAAGCGUCCCGUCUGCCGCCGCCAACAGCAUACAAAGUGCGUCUGAGUUCGGACCAGGGGUGAGCGUGUCCCCCGAAGUGAUCAGGGGGCAGCCGAAAGACCCGGAGGAGAUGGAGCAGGGCGCAUUCGAUCAGGUGUCUGAUGACAUGUAUCAGGGCAGCUGUAUGGGUCUGCUCGGAUCCAGUCAAGGGGACUACGCGCUGCCCGAGACGCGUGCUCAUCCCGCGAUAGCACGAUAUGUCGUCAAGGAGUCCAACUUGUUCAUCAUGAACGCUGUGGACGAGCCGUCCGCUCUACCCAAACAGGACGAAUUGCUGCACGUGAAGACUUCGACUCAAACGGCGACCCCGCCACUUUUCAGGGACACACCGGGGAUGUGGUGCGUUGGUUCGCAUGUACUAUACAGCGAUCGGACCGAGCCGGAGAGAAGUAGAUUGUGCGGACAUAAUUUGUCCUGCAAAUACUGUAACUAUGGGCAACCCUCAUUUGGACCGAGGCAACCCUGCUAUUGUGCCCCCUCCAGCGACGGCAACCGAGAUGCAAACAGUGGCUUACAGACAGUGAUGACUCAGGGGUACGGCCAGGUGGAAAGUUACCAAACUGCGGUUCCACAAGGCCUGGGACAUUACUCCAACAUCAAGACCGAAUCUCCCAGCUGGGUUGAAUACAGAGAUCCAAGUUUCAGAUAUGACGAUAUGUUCCCAGGAAUGAGCGUGUACCUGUCAGACCGUAGAGUGUGCCAAGUAUGUGGAGACGACGCCUCAGGUUGUCAUUACGGGGCCGUCACCUGCGGAAGCUGCAAGGUGUUCUUCAAGAGGGCUGCAGCAGGUAAACAGAACCACCUCUGUGCCAGCCGCAAUGACUGCACCAUCGACAAACUGAGGCGAAAGAACUGUGCCUCGUGCCGCUUAAAGAGAUGCUUCAUGUCUGGCAUGAGCCUCAAAGGUCGGAGGCUAAAGGUUGCCACUCAAACGCGAAGCAGGGAUGAAGAGAUGCCCCUGGCGUCAGGGAGUGAUCGAGUGUUCGAAGCCAGUAGGAUUGCCCCCACAAGCUACGCAGCCUGCUCCCAGAGCCUGGACCCGGGUCCCUCUCCAAGCCUGCACUCGUGCCUCUCCCUGCUCAGCCAGCUGCAGGCCAUUGAACCCAUGGUGGUCAAUGCGGGCCAUGACCCCACGCUGCCGGACAGCCCCAGCUCCCUUCUGACCAGCCUCAACGAGCUGGGAGAGAGGCAGCUGGUCACGGUGGUGCACUGGGCCAAAGCCAUACCAGGUUUCCGCGACCUGCACGUGGACGACCAGAUGUUCGUGAUCCAGUCUUCGUGGAUGGGGGUGAUGGUAUUUGCCCUGGGAUGGAGGUCUUACACGCUCACUAAUGGCUCCAUGCUGUACUUUGCUCCAGACCUGAUCUUUGAUGAGCAGCGGAUGCAGGUGUCCAGCAUGUACGAACACUGUGUGAGGAUGCAGCUCUUGUCCCAGCGUUUCAGCAUGCUGCGGGUCACCCAGGAGGAGUACCUCUGCAUGAAGGCCCUGCUCCUCUUCAGCAUCAUCCCGGUGGAGGGCCUGAAGAACCAGCAGGGCUUCGACAAGCUGCGGACCUCCUACAUCAACGAGCUGGAGCGCCUGGCCAGCCACCACGGCGAGACCACCCGCACCCAGAGACUGUUUCAGCUCACCCAGCUGCUGGACUAUCUGCACCCGAUCAUCAGGAAGCUCCACCAGUUCACCUACGAUCUCUUCGUGCAAGCGCAGUCGCUGCAGAACCGCGUCUGCUUCCCCGAGAUGAUCUCGGAGAUCGUGAGCGUCCACGUGCCGAAGAUCCUCACCGGCAUGGUCAAGCCCAUUCUUUUCCAUAAGGCAGGCUAGGACCCUUUGCCGUCCUUCCCAAGCCUCACGCUUCAAGCUUUCAACCACGGCUCACACAAGCUUUGGGACUGCUGUCCAUAAAUCCAUCCAUUCAGAAUAAAUGUAGUAAGGGGUUUAAAAAAAACUGUUACUUGAGAGUAAUGAGACUGUUGUAAUGAGAGUGAACAACACAUAACCAUGUGCUAUGGGUGGUCCAUAAGACACAAAUAAUCGAACUGAUACAUGCUCUUAAUUACUUUCGCUACCUAUUCAUUCAUACACACAUGAAAGGGUAUCUAAAACAAAACACUGACAAUAAUAUGGUAGGUCUACAAUAAGAAGCAAAACUCUUUUGCGCACAUUCCACCUUUAUCUGUCUAAUUUAUGUUCCUCUGUUUGCAACAGGCAUACAGCAUUUUCUUCUUGAUAUUGAUCAACAGCAUUGGAGAAAAUAAAUGCAUUAGGCCAUUGAAAACAUAGUGCUACCCACAAGAUGGGUGGGUUCACCCGAACCCACAAGAUGGGUUCGGGUGAACAGAGCUUGUCAUAAAUAUGCAUGCUGAAAAUAUGUUUCAUGCAAGCCAAGUGCGACGUAUCGUAGGCUACUUUCUUAGAACUCAUAUUUUGAAAAUGAUUGUACAGGAACGACUGCUGUCGGCCAAAUAUCGAUUCUUACGCAAGAACAGAACUUCUUAAUUCAUUAAUCUCCCUGAGCAAUAUCGAUGCAGAAGGGUUUUCAUGUGUCAAGCUGACUGACUGUUACAAAAUACUGUCGAUAAUCUAUUUGUAAUUUUAUCGUGACAAAAGAAAAAAAAAAAACGCUAAUUCACUUUAUCCCAAUGUCGUAUAUAAUGACUUGGGUGGGCGGGGAUUAUUGGUUUGCAAUCUUUGUUUAGUAGGCUACUGCUUGUGGUAUUUUCUGUGUCAUUGCCAACUACACGCGCCUUGCCCUUAAUGUGAAUGGACAUUUUUGUCACGGUUUUAAUUUUUCUACAUUUUCACAAAAGUGUUACUAACCCGUGCUAUAUUCAGUCUACUCUUGCAAUUGUUGCAACUGCUGGUGGACGACUGGACUUCACCGGACGCCUAGAGACGGCGAAAUGGUUCCGAUUAUGUACAGCUUUAUGUUCUACCACGAUGUGAUGCAUGAGUGUUAAUUGUCCAUAGAGGCGGAGCGAGAAUUUUCCAAAAUUCUUCGCAGAUCUUUUGAAUGCUUUCUAGUGUCAAUACAGUCAAUGUCCACGAA